GAAAAUAUUGGAAUGUGGAGUUUUUGGGGGUCUGAUUCUGACUCUGACACUCUCUCUCAGAAAAUUCUUACAUUUUCACAAUCAAUUCUCGAUUCCGAUCAAACAGUUCGCCGCCGGCAAUAAUCGGCGACGGUGUAGUGAAACUCGGCGGCAGUUUAUUCCUCGGAGUAGAAAUUAUCUCAAGAUCUGAAUUAGAUUCUAUAAUAAAGGCGUAAGCCGGAAAUUAACGAAGGAGAGAGCUGGAGACCGUACAGGAAGGGAAGCAGAAGGGUCCGCCUGCGGCCACCAACGGUCAGAUCCGGUAUCGAUCGCCGUCAUCUGCUGAGCUUCUAGAAGGUCAGACGAAUUCUCCGCCGUCAGAUCAAGAUCAUCAUCUUCAUAAUCAUCAUAGUCAGGGCUUUUUUGAAUCGGAGAAAAUGUCGAAGCGUCCUGGUGGAGGUCGGCCUCUGGGUCAUGAUUCUAUAGGGGAUAAGAUCCAGAGGUACAGAGGGAUUUUGUUGCUCAUUUCUGUGCCUUUGCUUCUCGUUACGUUUAUUGUUUACGUGAUGCCUACGCGUUCUGAAUACUCCAUUGCUAAUCGCAAGGUUUCGCCUACAGCACUUAGAUCCAAGGCUUCUUAUGCCGUUAUUUUUGAUGCUGGUAGCUCAGGUAGUCGCGUUCACGUAUUUAAUUUUGAUGGAAACCUUGAUCUGGUCCCCAUUGGUGGCAAUCUCGAGCUUUUCUUACAGAUUAAACCAGGACUAAGUGCAUAUGCUGAUAAUCCUCGUUCUGCUGCCGAAUCUUUGAUUGGUCUUCUUGAUAAAGCACAAGAGGCAGUUCCCAAAAAGCUGCGUUCUUCCACUCCAGUUCGAGUUGGGGCAACUGCUGGCUUGAGAUCUUUGCCUGGAGAUACGUCUGAACGCAUUUUGCAAGAAGUUAGGGAUUUACUGAGAGAGAGAAGCAGUUUCAAACUUGAGCCAAAUGCAGUGUCUGUUAUUGAUGGAACUCAAGAAGGAUCCUAUCAAUGGGUCACAAUAAAUUUCUUGCUUGGCAAUUUGGGGAAGAAAUAUGGAAAUACAGUUGGAGUUGUGGACCUUGGAGGUGGAUCGGUUCAAAUGGCUUAUGCUAUCUCCGAAGCAGCUGCUGCUAAGGCACCAAAACCAACAGAGGGAGAGGACACAUAUGUGAAGGAAAUGUAUCUUAAAGGCAGAAAAUAUUACCUCUAUGUUCACAGUUACUUGCGUUAUGGCUUAUUAGCAGCUCGAGCAGAGAUUUUGAAGGUUUCUGGAGAUUCUGAAAACCCUUGCAUUUUGGGCGGCUACGAUGGGUCUUUAAAAUAUGGAGGGCAAUCCUACAAGGCUUCAGCUCCCUCAUCUGGCUCAAGCCUUGAUGAGUGCAAGACAAUAACUGGAAAGGCUCUUAGAAUAAGAGACACGUGUUCACACAUGAAAUGCACAUUCGGUGGGGUUUGGAAUGGCGGAGGAGGGGAUGGCCAAAGGAAUCUUUUCGUUGCUUCAUUUUUCUUCGACAGGGCUGCUGAGGCUGGUUUGGUCAAACCCAGUGACAAUGUUGCUAGGGUUCGUCCUUCAGAUUUUGAAGACGUAGCUAAGCGAGCUUGUCAAACUAAACUCAAAGACGCAAAAGCUUUAUAUCCACGAGUCGACGAGUCUAACUUGCCAUACAUUUGCAUGGACCUCGUUUACCAGUACAGCUUGCUUGUCGAUGGUUUCGGUGAGUUUAUUUCUCGGUUUGAAUCAUCCAAUCUGUAUUCUGUCAUAUUUGAAUUCGUUAGGUAUUUAUUACUUUCAUCAUUAAAACAGGUCUGGAUCCAUGGCACGAGAUUACAUUGGUGAAACAAGUUAAAUACAACAAUGACUUCGUCGAAGCAGCUUGGCCUCUAGGCAGCGCCAUAGAGGCGGUAUCAUCAUGAACAUAAUUGGCGAAAGGAUGACACGAUCAGCAGCUAACGCAAAGUUGAGCAUCAUCUUCCCCCGAGCAACACACUGCCCCGGAGGUCAGCCUCAUAAUAUUUUGGUAUAAAAUUGGAUUCGGAAUUUGAUUUUGGUAUAUAGAUAUCAAAUAAUUGGAGAUUUGUAGUUAGUCUCAUUUUUUUUUCUUCUUUAAUUACCAUUGAGAGAAUUUGCUGAAAUUAGUUCAUUUAGAUUUAUUUAGUCGAUCCUUCGUGGUCGAAAAAUAUUGGCGUAUUCUUAUUCCAUUUAUGUCACUACUGCUCAUUUUUUUCCCUAUAUAUUUUGUUUUGGGUCUUUAGCAAAAGGCUAUACUUAGAUUUAUGUCUCGAAUUAUGAUUUAUAGAUUAUUAUGUCAAAUUAUUCAGUAUUAUAAAAUCACAUUUAAUGUUUUUAAGU